CAGGCAGCAGCAGUCAGCAGCCAGGAUUCAUCCACCGGUGUCAUGGCUUCCUAACAGUCGGGGGGACUGAAUGAGAGCGAAAACAAGCCCGCUUGUCUCCAAGGCCCGACGCGCUAUCACCCUUUUCCCAUCGAACCGAGGAAGGGGGGCUGGCCCGGCCUCGAUUUUUGCUCAGGAUAGACCUUUUCAAAUUAUUUCUGUUGCAUUUGAGCCUUCAAUUCCCCCCGACGUUUUAAAGGCAAGCACCGCGCUGGUGGAAGAUGGCCGACCCGGCGGAGUGCACCAUCAAAGUGAUGUGCCGUUUUAGGCCUCUCAAUAGCUCCGAGGUUACUCGAGGAGACCGAUACAUUCCCAAGUUCCAAGGGGAAGACACCGUUAUUAUCUCGAGCAAACCGUACAUGUUCGACCGAGUCUUUCAGUCCAGCACGAGUCAAGAGCAAGUGUACAAUGCCUGCGCCCAAAAGAUUGUGAAAGAUGUUCUUGAGGGAUACAAUGGGACGAUUUUUGCAUACGGCCAAACGUCCUCUGGGAAAACCCACACCAUGGAGGGGAAUCUCCACGACACAGACGCUAUGGGCAUCAUCCCCAGGAUAGUGCAAGACAUCUUCAACUACAUCUACUCCAUGGACGAGAACCUGGAGUUUCAUAUCAAAGUUUCCUAUUUUGAAAUAUAUUUAGAUAAGAUCCGGGACCUGUUGGAUGUGUCAAAGACCAAUCUGUCAGUGCACGAAGACAAAAAUAGAGUACCUUAUGUGAAGGGUUGCACCGAGCGCUUUGUAUGCAGUCCGGACGAGGUCAUGGACACCAUCGAUGAAGGCAAAUCCAACAGACACGUAGCAGUCACAAACAUGAAUGAGCACAGCUCCAGGAGUCACAGCAUCUUCCUGAUCAACGUCAAGCAAGAGAACACCCAAACGGAGCAGAAGCUGAGUGGGAAACUCUACCUGGUUGAUCUGGCUGGUAGUGAAAAGGUCAGCAAAACAGGAGCGGAGGGAGCUGUGCUGGACGAAGCCAAGAAUAUCAACAAGUCUCUCUCAUCCCUGGGGAACGUCAUCUCAGCUCUGGCUGAGGGAACGGCAUACAUCCCUUACCGAGACAGCAAGAUGACACGUAUCCUUCAGGAUUCACUGGGCGGCAAUUGUCGCACCACCAUCGUCAUCUGCUGCUCACCCUCUUCCUACAACGAGGCUGAAACCAAAUCAACCCUCAUGUUCGGACAAAGAGCAAAGACCAUCAAGAACACCGUGACUGUGAACGUUGAGCUGACAGCAGAACAAUGGAAGCAGAAAUACGAGCGUGAGAAGGAAAAGAACAAGACCCUGAGGAACACCGUCACUUGGCUGGAGAAUGAGCUCAAUCGCUGGAGAAAUGGCGAGAGCGUUCCGGUAGAGGAGCAGUUCGACAAGGAGAAGGCCAAUGCUGAGGUUUUGGCCCUUGACAACAUCCUCAACGACAAGUCGGCGUCCACGCCCAACGUGCCAGGCGUGCGCCUCACCGACGUGGAGAAGGACAAGUGCGAGGCGGAGCUGUCCAAGCUCUAUAAGCAACUGGACGACAAGGAUGAAGAGAUCAACCAGCAGAGCCAGCUGGCUGAGAAGCUGAAGCAGCAGAUGCUGGACCAGGAGGAGCUGCUGGUAUCCUCACGCCGCGACCAUGAGAACCUCCAGGCUGAGCUCAACCGCCUGCAGGCUGAAAACGAGGCCUCUAAGGAGGAGGUGAAGGAGGUGUUGCAGGCUCUGGAAGAGCUGGCUGUCAACUACGACCAGAAGAGUCAGGAGGUGGAGGACAAGACCAAGGAGUUUGAAGUUAUCAGUGAGGAGCUCAGCCAGAAAUCGUCCAUCCUGUCAUCGUUGGACUCCGAGCUGCAGAAGCUUAAGGAGAUGUCGAACCACCAAAAGAAGAGGGUGACGGAGAUGAUGUCAUCACUUCUCAAAGACUUGGCUGAGAUCGGCAUCGCCGUGGGCAGCAAUGACAUCAAGCAGCAUGAGAGCGGCAGCGGUCUGAUCGACGAGGAGUUCACUGUGGCCCGUCUUUACAUCAGCAAGAUGAAGUCGGAGGUGAAGAGCAUGGUGAAGCGCUGCAAGCAGCUGGAGGGCACCCAGUCGGAGAGCAACAAGAAGAUUGACGAGAAUGAGAAAGAGUUGGCCGCCUGCCAGCUGCGAAUCUCGCAGCAUGAGGCAAAGAUCAAGUCCCUGACGGAGUACCUGCAGAAUGUGGAGCACAAGAAGAGGCAGCUGGAGGAGAAUGUGGACUCGCUCAACGAGGAGCUGGUCAAGAUCAGCGCUCAGGAGAAAGUCCAUGCCAUGGAGAAGGAGAAUGAGAUACAGACAGCCAAUGAAGUCAAGGAAGCCGUGGAGAAACAGAUCCACUCUCACCGCGAGGCUCACCAGAAACAGAUCAGCAGUCUGAGGGACGAGCUGGACAACAAGGAGAAGCUCAUUACAGAGCUGCAGGACCUGAACCAGAAGAUCAUGCUGGAGCAGGAGAGGCUACGAGUGGAGCACGAGAAGCUCAAGUCUACCGACCAGGACAAAAGCCGCAAGCUGCACGAGCUCACGGUAAUGCAGGACAGACGGGAGCAGGCCAGGCAGGACCUGAAGGGUCUGGAGGAGACAGUGGCAAAGGAGCUGCAGACUCUGCACAACCUGAGGAAGCUCUUUGUCCAGGACUUGGCCACACGUGUAAAGAAGAGUGCCGAGAUGGACUCAGACGACACUGGGGGCAGCGCGGCUCAGAAGCAAAAAAUAUCCUUUCUUGAGAACAAUCUUGAGCAGCUCACCAAGGUUCACAAACAGCUUGUGCGUGACAAUGCAGAUCUUCGAUGUGAGCUUCCGAAACUGGAGAAGCGCCUUCGUGCUACGGCUGAGCGGGUCAAAGCGCUGGAGUCUGCACUGAAGGAGGCAAAGGAAAACGCCGCCCGCGACCGCAAGCGCUACCAGCAGGAGGUCGACCGCAUCAAGGAGGCUGUCAGGGCCAAGAACAUGGCCAGGCGGGGACACUCCGCCCAGAUUGCUAAGCCCAUCCGACCUGGGCAACAGCCGGUGGCGUCCCCCACCCACCCCAACAUCAACCGCAGUGGGGGAGGUUUCUACCAGAACAGCCAGACAGUGUCCAUCAGGGGCGGCAGCUCUGCCUCUACCAAGACGGACAAGAACUGAAAUGAGCAAGAUGACGGACGACACCAUAGAAGAAGCCAAUAUCAUCCGACUCCUGUCCCCUCCCUCUGCGCCCACUAGCGGCCCAUGUUGGCCCAUCAUUCCAUUACUGCGUCCCAGCCACCAAGGAGUGAGUGUGCGGAUUAUAAAUAUAUAUAAAUAUUCUCGGCUGUAUGGCUCUGACCCGCUUACAUCCCUGUCACCACAAAAACAAAAAGAUGACAGAUUGAGUUUACAACACAAGCAACUAAAAAAAAAAAAAAAAUAUGAAUAACGAUAUCCAAAUGACCAGUCUUGAACAGCCGCAGCAGCCUUGGCCAGCAAAAACUGCACGCGACUUGAAUGUGUAGCUUUCCUUUUUUCCUUUUUUUUUCUAGUUUAUUUUUAUUUUUUGUGGCACACGUCUGUCAUCGUGGUUGUCGUGUGAGUAGUUGAGUUGUGCACUGCUGCCCCCAUGCCCCCAAGCUGAAUGUAACACUAAUGUAAUAAAUAAUAAAAGGUUAAAAAAAAA